CAUCACUGUGCUCUCUACAUCCCAUGGACUAGCAUGUCACCGCAAGCGAGAUGGCUGAUCAGCUCGUCAGUCAAGUGACGUGGGCUCUCGAAUGUCUGCAUAGCGCUGCGCUAGCAUGCCGUAUAUCGUAUUGGCUAUUCUCAGCCUUCCUGGGUAAUCUGGCAGUUAGUCUUUGCCAAAGUCUUUGUCAUGAAAAUGAAGCUCGAGGCUUCUCCAUGGCAAGUAACUCAAGGCCCAUCGUUUCCUAGGAUCCCUGCGCGACAACCGUCCACCCCCUUCACUUCUUUGGGUUUGGGUACCCGGUCAAAGCGUGCCAUGGACCCGGGGCAAAAUGAUGUUAUUGCCGAAGCCUUUUCCUAGUUUGGCAUGUCCUUACCGCCCUCCAUCCAGUUACAAGACCAAAAAGGCUGUCUGCAUAUUACGCUUACCCAAUGCCUACCAGGCUUACACUUUUAUGGUUGUUAUUGUUUUUUUCAGAGGAUGCCCAUAUCCUCCAAAGUCCUUAUCAGUCAUAUCCGUGUAGCCCUUCCUUUGUUCAUUAUCUACCAUAUCAAAUACUUUCGCCUCGGCAAAGUGAUUGGUACUCGCUUGACUGUAAAGCAUGGUUCUUGAAGAGCCUUUCCCUCUGCGUGCCUUCGCACAAAGGACAACAACAUUCGAUCCAACAUGCAACGCAGAUCGCACCGACCGUGACACCUGGGUUACAUCCUCAUAUGUAAACAGCCGAGGGCUUCCAGAAACGCUUCCAGUCUCAGUACCGUCAGCACCCAAACGAACAUCGGCUGCUGUUGCGCCUUUGGCUUUUGCCUGUGCGCCAGAGCAGCCAUACUCCAUGCGUCAGUUUCCCUCGAAAGAAGGGCUCCAGGCCAUGCUAAGCCGGCUGCUUGCGAGCGACGUAACAGUCGAGGGCAUACGGGCCACUCCCGCCUCACCCGCCAGAAUCCAAAAUAUAUACACCAUCUGUCUGGCCGGCGGGCAACAGCUCGUGCUUGCCAUGGCACCGUCCACGAUGGUGCGGCUAUUACGAUCUGAACAGCUUCUGGUCGAGUCCGAAGCCCUCCUGCUGAGAUGGCUGAGGGAGAAGCAUACAAGAGAUAAGCUUGUUGCCGACAAGGUUGGGGUCGCGACGGACCCUGGAAAUGGUGACACGACGUACGGCAACUACCCGGGUAGCACUGCUGAAGACAAACGGCCAAUAGUCACGGCACCCAACAACUCGGUCAGAACUCCUGAAGCACGGUCCGUCUUUUCACAGAUGGGGCUGCUCGACAUUCUCCCUACCAUCAUCGCCUCUUCGGCAACAGACGCAUUGGCUGUGGGUGAUAUCAUCGAGACUUCAUAUGCUAUAUCACACCAGCCUAGCGGAACACUCAUUACUGCGGACAAAAUUCAUCCGGGGGCACAACAAGAACAUCCUGUUGAUACCAGGCAGAUCGAAUUCCAAGCCGGAACGAUCGUCCGCCAGCUCUCCAGAUUGACUGCGCCGACCAGAAAAUUCGGCCCGGCUGUUGCAGUUCUUGGGUUCCCAACUACAGGUGGAAACUCUGGCGCGAGUGAGGAUUUCAGGCCAGCGGCCUUUUUAGAUGACAGCACUUGGUCGAGCGCAUUUCAAUCCAUGAUUGAGGGCGUGUUGAGGGAUGCUGAAGACAUGGUCAUCCACAUCCCUUACGCCCCGAUUCGGACACAAAUGAGGCGUCUCUGCCGGUACCUGGAUGCGGUCACGACUCCUAGGCUUGUGCUUAUAGAUGCAGGGGAGCCCACGAACCUCUUGGUACGGACGCAAGACAUUCUAUCAGAUGAUACACCUUGUGGUUGCGCAUCUGCGAGCGGCUCAAGUGAACAAGAUGUAGGGAACCAAGUAACAGUCAAGCAGUCGAGGGUGGUAGGGUUGGCCGACUGGUCAAAUGCAUACUUUGGCGACCCGCUCUUCACCAAGGCGUUCAGCAGACAGCCAUCUCGGAGCUUUCUUGAUGGUUUCCAUGGCGCCAUUGAGAGUGAGGACUUGAGGUACCACCAGGAUACCUCGGGCGUGCGCAUCCUUCUCUACUCAUGUUAUCAUCUCACUGUGUCCAUUGUCCAGGAGUACUAUCGGCCCAGGCAAGGGAGCACAGAACGUGAGAUGGAGGCUAGGAGGAAACUCGGCGAGGUGCUAGCUACACUUGCAGCUGUUGGUGUGGCUGACGAGUCACGAGGUAUGGGUUGGCAGGUCAGUCCUGACGGGCUCACCGCCACCCCAUCAGGACUCGAUGUCUCUACUAGUCCAGGGGCUGAUUGGAGCUCAAGCCAGUAUGCAUGCCGAGCUGAACUGCGCAGCUGAGGACCGUCCUCUCACGUAGUGCCUCGGCCUUGGCGUUUUUCGGUUGGUUUUUUUUCGGGUUUUUUUUUCGAGCAAGCAAACUGAGCUGGACACUAGAUUGGGGAACCAAUCUUCCUUGGGUGUGUGGGGGAUUGGUGUACGACAAGAGCAGCUGCCGUGAAUGUUCUGUUGACCAGCAUCGCGGCACACUUUUUGUAAGGAUCGAUUCCUAAUCUUGAGGGGAUAGGGCUUUUUCAUGUUUAUAAAUUGAAUGAGUGCAUAGCGAGCGUCAAUUUGACCACAAAGGUACCUAAAGAAAUAUAGAUUUGCGUUUCUCCCAAAGUCUCUGCAUUUUCCAACACCAAUCAAC